GUACCAGGUAGUUCCCACUUUUUCAUCCUUGGAAUUAACUACUUCCUGGGUUGAGUGUUCAACCAAAUACCAUCUAAACUGCUUAAUCCUGUUGGUGUGUUGCAUGCACUCACUUGUAGCCGCGGUUCACUUUCUGGAACAGCAGGCAUGAUGGCCAGCUUUUGUGUCUAUGUGCACUGGCCCCAUAGGCAACCAUGGCACCAGCUCCAACUAUGUGAAGCUUCCUGGUUCUGUGGUAACCAGGGCUGGGAUAUUAAAUGAGCCCUGUUGUCCCCCAAGAUCAAUUUUGUUGGCUCACAUACCCAUUGGCCCAACAGAAAAAUACCAGUUCAGGCCAGGAGGUAUUUUUUAAGGUAGCACUUUUACAGUAUUUAGCAUCUCUCCUGUUAAGUGUCCAACGUGUGUGUCCUUGAGCACUAUCACACGGCUAAUACUGAAGCCGGUAAAAAUGUAUCGCAUUUUUACAUUUACUGAAAUGUCUAUUCGGUUAAAGUGAUUCACUCCCCUGUCGAAUAAUGCAUAUUAUAAGCAACAAUGUUGAUGCAGGCAGGACUCAGAUCCCAGUUUCCCACGCGUAUUCUGAUCUCAUCACUAAUAACACGAAAAUCCUUAGACGGGUGUCCCUGAUGUGCGCACUACAUUAAAAUGGGCUGUACAAACGUUAAAAUGAGUUAAAAUAUUUGAUCUGGAAGGACAGUAUGCAAGUCCUUUAGCGGAAGUGGUUUAUUUCCUGUUUAUAUCCUGCAAACAAUUUCGCUAAAAGUUUGUCAACUACACUCAGAAUCCGGGAACAGGUUUAACGUUUCGAUCGCUUCAUUUCCCUAACAUUCCACAUUGAAUAGGCUUGUACGUCUGACCUAAUGCCCUUUACACAAAUAUUCGCUUAUUGUUUUCACGUUUUCAUCCGGAAUGUGUAAGGACGGGUGAGCUACUUAGACUAUUCAUAUUAAAGGAUAGUAUUUUGAUAUGGUGACAACAUCUUACCUAAACGUGCGAGCCUGCUGUUAUAAAAUAAAGCACAAUACAUACCGACUUUAUUAUGGUAAUAUUUCUUAAUUCAGGUGCGCUGUUGUGCGGUGUCCGUUCACAUGGGCGUGGCCUCGAACAGGUAUUAGGUUUCUGUGAAUUUAAUAAAAGGUAAAGUUUAUGAAGUAAAGUUUUAUUGUUAAUCAGUACUGAACACAAGUCUCGUAUUUUGGGCAUGCCGUAUAAUGCUAAAUAACUUAUAUGGUGUAUUAUUUUAAAUACAUUCCCUUAAUAUUAUAUAUCUGAUUGAAUCUUUCACAAGAACACGUCUUCCGCGUAAUCUAACAACACAGUCAAGCGCCAACGCGUCCUGGGUGAAAGAUCAAACUAGGGCGAAUGCAGGUCCACCAUGUCCGACAAGAGUAAAACCAAAACCCCGGACAAAAGCAGCUCUCCUGCCGGGCCAUCGCGCCAGCCUCUGGGAAGCUCUGCAGCUUUGGUUCCAUCUGCCCCGGCAUUUUCUAAUACUAAUUACGCUGGCGAUGGACUUUUCGUCGAUACCACAUUUCCUUACGGGAACAUGCAGCAACAGGCAAACAUCGUGUGGAAGCGACCUAAGGAUAUCUGUCAGUCACCGCAGUUCAUUGUGGGCGGAGCCACGCGCAUGGAUGUGUGUCAGGGAUGCUUGAGUGACUGCUGGUUUCUGUCGGUAGUGACUUCUCUUUCCCUGCACCGCCACCUGCUGGAGCGUGUGGUGCCCUGCGGGCAGAGCUUCCAGGAAGGCUACACCGGCUGCUUUGUCUUCCAGUUCUGGCAGUAUGGAGAAUGGAAGGAAGUAAAGAUUGAUGACUUCCUGCCAACAUGCGAAGGCCGGCUUGUUUAUCUGCAUUCGUCUGUGAAAGAAGAGUUUUGGAGUUCACUUCUGGAGAAGGCAUACGCCAAGUUAAAGGGGGGGUACCAGGCCUUAAACAUGGGUUUCCCCCACGAGGCCAUGGUGGACAUGACCGGGGGUGUGACAGAGGUAUUCAGUGUGGCAGCACUGCCUCACGAUAGUGGACACUUUCUCGAUGGCCUGCUGAAGAGAGGAGCACUCAUUAAUUGUGCCAGCACGCAGGGUCCACUGGAGCAGAAGAACAAGUUUGGAAUCAUGUUCCGACAUGCCUACUCCAUGACAGCAGUGGAGAAGGUCACUACGCGCACUGGGGUGGUUGAGCUAGUGCGAGUGUAUAAUCCGUGGGGGAACACCGAAUGGGAGGGACCUUGGAGCGACAAAAAUGGAUCCGAGUGGAACCAAGUCAGCAAAGUUGAACAGGAGCGCAUCGGUAGAACGCAAGCGGAGGACGGGGAAUUCUGGAUGACGCUGUCAGAUUUCUGCCUGAAUUUUGAUGAGAUUGAGGUGUGCCAUCUGACCGAGGCUACGCUCAGUGGCCUGGAUACUGUCAAACCCUGGCAGUGCACCCUGCAUCAGGGAAGCUGGGUGCCCAGCCUGUCCGCUGGGGGUCCUCCUGGAGGGGUCAGAUUUUGGCAGAACCCUCAGUUCCACUUGACCCUGCAAGAAGAGGAUGAAGACCCAAGGGACCCUGAGCUGUCCUGCACCUUCCUGGUGGCUCUGAUGCAAAGGAACAACAGACGUACUGAGACGCAGCUCGCCGUAAAUCUACACAUAUACAAGGUGCGCUCGGAUCAGUCGUACCUAUCCCACCUGGACCUGAGUUUGCUCAAGCCCUUACUCUGCCUGGACAACUACAGCCCACGCAGAGAGGUGGUGGUGCGAGGCCACCUGCCCCCUGGCCAAUAUGUCAUCAUCCCCUCGACGUGGGAAGCUGGUCUGCAGGGCGAGUUCAUUCUCCGCGUCCUGACGGAGAAGGGCAACACGACAAAACCUUCUCAGAAACCCAGCAUGGAUGUUAAACUGCCCAUACAGAUGCAGACCACCGCUCCCACCCAGUCAGUCCUUCCCUCUGUCGCAGAUGUUCAGCAGAUUUUCAACAAACAUUGCUGCAAUAUGGAGCAGUGCCGUGCCGCGAACCUGUUCAACAUUCUGAAAGAAGUGAUAAGCACAGGAGCACUGGCAGGGAGUGAGAAGGAAUUAUGUCUGGAGCACUGCAGGAGUUUUGUAGCCCUGAUGGAUAGCAAAGGAUCGGGGCAAUUGGACUGGCUACAGUUUCAGUCCCUAUGGGAUGCUUUCAGCAAGUGGACAGAUAUUUUUGUGCUGUUUGACAAGAACAAAUCACAAUCACUGGAAUACUGUGAGAUACUACCUGCUCUGACAGCUGCAGGCCUGCAGGUGGACGAGUUCGUAAUCCAGUUGAUUGGUCUGCGCUACACGGAACCUGACAUGACAGUCAGCUACCCAGGGUUCCUAAGUCUGCUCCUCAAACUAAACACCAUGAUCCAAAAAUUUCACAGCUUUGAUCUAAUGGGGAUGGGAGCUAUCUCUCUGAACUACAGACAGUGGCUUUACCUGACGAUGUAUAACUGAGCUCUCUUCAGGCCCCUGCUCACAUGACCAUCAGGGGACAGCAAACUGUGGUUUACAUAAUUGUUAACAAGAAGACAGUCCUUCUGUGUAUCAUUAUUGCUUUUCAUCGAUUACUUUUCUUAUUAAAUGUCGCGAAACUAAAUGGGCAGAUCUUACGCUUACUGAUGCCGUGAGAAUCUCACCUUACGAAAGUGCGCAUCAACAAGUUACUUACUUUCAAUUAGACCAAUUAUUGGCCUUUUCUUUUGUUCUCAUGCUCCUGUGGCUCAACAAGUAGGGUAUUGUUUUAAUGAUACAAAGGUUAUGAGUUCAAAUCCCAGGAAGCACAUGUAAACCGUAACCCUUCCCUUUACUGUAAGCUGCUUUGGAUAAAAGCAUCAGGUAAAUGGAAUUAAAUGGUACUAACAUUUUCUAAGAAUGUCAGGAGCUUUUCUGCUACACUGUACUGUACUUGCCCAUGAUCAUAUCAUCAUGCAUGUAUAAAUCUACAUGAAAGUUCAUUCUGAAAUUAUUAAUGCAGUGAUUCUUUAAGCUCUUGGGGUGUGUAGGCUGCUACCUGUGGGUUAUAUUUUGGUGUCAUGUGUCCUACAGCAGAAUGAUGUUACUGCAUCAGGUGCCCCCUCCCACCUCUGAUGUGAUUCAGCAGGGUAAUUGUGUGUGGAUCUGAGAUAUUAAAUCAAGGAUAGAAUAUUCUUUCUCUCAUCCACAGCUAUACAUUUCUUGUACUGGUUAUCCAGGGCCUUAGUCACACUGGGCUUGGAGCAAAUUUUUGGAAGCCCAGGACACGAGGCGGGAGACACCCUGGAUAGGAUGACACACACUAUAUGGCCAAUUUAUAAACACCAGUUCAUCUAAAUCAUACGUCUUGGCACUUUGGGUGUAAACCUGUAGACACUCCAGCAGAACAUGCAAUGUCUUGUUUGCGAGCUUGCAGUGCUAGUUACUUGGCCACCAUGCUGACUCAGCGAAAAACUUUGCGAAACAGACCCAAGUAAACUGUUUAAAUUGCAAAUAACAUAAAGAAUUAGCUUAAUUGUAGUGUUUUGGUAACUACAAACAACGUUAUCUGUUUAACUGACAAGUUAAGUGGGCUAUUAAUUUUAAGCUGGAAUUACAAAGAUUUUUUUUUUUUUAUUCGAGAAUUAUUCAUUUUAGGGUCCGCGCCCUGCACAACUCUGACCUGCAUAAGGAGUUGGAAGAUGGAUGGAUGGGUGGGUGGAUGGAUGUAAUUAAUUUUAUUCAUUCAAAGUGUUGUUUACUAUUUCUCAGUGUCAUUUUAGAAUCACCUGACUGUUUAUUGGAUUCCGGAUUACAGAGGGCAGUUUUAAAUAUAUCACGCUAUACCUCUGUAAUUAUACAAUACUACGAUGUGAUCGUCCAUUAAUAUCCAUUUAGCAUUCUUUGGUCUACGUAUUCAUAUAAAUCGUAGUAUGAUGUUUCUCCGAGCAAAAAAAGCUGUAACAAAAGUUCUCACUCUGUUUCAUGUAAGCGGCCAAUCACGUAAAUAUUUCACUACGUAUCAUCUAAUUAAGCUCCUUAGCAACACUGAAUCUCGAAAGAUUUUUAUAUUUGUCAUAUAUCAGCUGUAUUAAAUCAAAUGUUUAAAUAUUUACUGUAUUACUUUCUGUACAUGUCCAAUAAAAUGACCUCUUCCUGGCUUUGGUA